CGGGUCCGGCGUCGAUCCGGAUGCCCGAGGCAGAAGGAUGUUUGACCUCCGGAUAAGCGAGGCACCGCUGUGCAUUCAUUCCCGGCUGCAUCGGUGGCGACAGCAGCGGCUCGGGCGGCGACUCUCCGGCCAGCGGUGGCGGUAGGAGGCACCGGCAGUAGUGCGGGGACCCAGUCCGAUCCGAGCUGCGUUACCUCCCUCACUCGUUCCUUUCCCCCUACCUCGCUCGCUCCCUCCCUGCGUGGCUCGCAGUGCUGCUCCGGCCGCCGGCGCGUGUGAUGUGGUGCCGCCGCUGCUGCCCCCGCCGCCGCUGACUGACGGACCUGGGGGCGCCGCCCGCGCCCGGGACCGACCCGCUGCUGGCGACCGCGCCUCAGAGCUCUCUAUCAAUAUCAGCUCACACCACUGAAAAGAUAAUUUUGAAGAUAUGUUUUGCUGAAAAGACAACUGAGAACAAUUUCACGAAUGGGAUGAACACGCCCCAGUCAGUUGACUACCUUCUGCAGUUUAAAUGUUAACGUUACCCACCUGGUACAGUUACCUAGUGAUGUACCCUAUUUCAUUGUGCUUGUCUUGAUUAAAGAAUUCAAAGUGGAGUACCGCAAACUUGAUAUGGAUAAUAAAAAGAAAGACAAAGACAAAUCAGAUGAUAGAAUGGCACGACCUAGUGGUCGAUCGGGGCACACCACUCGAGGAACUGGGUCUUCAUCAUCUGGAGUUUUAAUGGUUGGACCUAACUUUAGAGUUGGAAAAAAAAUUGGAUGUGGCAAUUUUGGAGAAUUACGAUUAGGGAAAAAUUUAUACACAAAUGAAUAUGUGGCAAUUAAACUGGAGCCUAUGAAAUCCAGAGCACCACAGCUACAUUUGGAAUACCGAUUCUACAAGCAGUUAGGAUCUGGAGAUGGCAUACCUCAAGUUUACUAUUUUGGCCCUUGUGGUAAAUACAAUGCUAUGGUGCUGGAACUGCUGGGACCCAGCUUGGAAGACUUGUUUGACUUGUGUGACAGGACGUUUUCUCUGAAAACAGUUCUCAUGAUAGCUAUACAACUGAUUUCUCGCAUGGAAUAUGUUCAUUCAAAGAACUUGAUAUACAGAGAUGUAAAACCUGAGAACUUCUUAAUAGGACGACCGGGAAACAAAACCCAGCAAGUCAUUCAUAUUAUAGAUUUUGGUUUGGCAAAGGAAUAUAUUGAUCCAGAGACAAAGAAACACAUCCCAUACAGAGAACACAAGAGCCUUACAGGAACAGCUCGAUACAUGAGCAUAAACACACAUUUAGGAAAAGAACAAAGUAGAAGAGAUGAUUUAGAAGCUUUAGGUCAUAUGUUUAUGUAUUUUCUGAGAGGCAGUCUUCCUUGGCAAGGCUUAAAGGCUGACACAUUAAAAGAGAGAUAUCAGAAAAUUGGAGAUACAAAACGAGCUACACCCAUAGAAGUGUUAUGUGAGAAUUUUCCAGAAAUGGCAACAUAUCUUCGUUAUGUCAGAAGGCUAGAUUUUUUUGAAAAGCCAGAUUAUGACUACCUGAGAAAGCUUUUUACAGACUUGUUUGAUCGGAAAGGAUAUAUGUUUGAUUAUGAAUACGACUGGAUUGGUAAACAGUUGCCUACUCCAGUGGGUGCGGUUCAGCAAGAUCCUGCUCUGGCAUCCAACAGGGAAGCCCAUCAACACAGAGAUAAAAUGCAACAGUCCAAGAACCAGGUUGUAAGUUCUACAAAUGGAGAGUUAAACACAGACGACCCUACUGCAGGACGUUCAAAUGCGCCCAUCACAGCCCCUACCGAAGUAGAAGUGAUGGAUGAAACCAACUGCCAGAAAGUGUUGAACAUGUGGUGCUGCUGUUUUUUCAAACGAAGGAAAAGGAAAACCAUCCAGCGCCACAAAUGACCCUGGACACAGACAGACCGGGGAGCUACUCACGCGUCAUCUGCUGUCUCGCAAUUAAAUCAUCUCUGUAGUGACCACAUGUAUUUUCAAGGACUCACUCUUAGAAACAAAAAUGUCAUACUUUCAUACUUCAUUUUGUGGUUGUCUUACAUUCAUAUUUUUUUCUAAUUUAACUUUUAUGGAAGCUUUAAAGUGUUGUCGAAACAUGAGUGCUUUGCCCAUCGAUGAAUGGAACGGACCAAUGAGAUGGUCUUGACGAAUACAGUUCUAUAGAACAUGUUUUUAGAAGCUCUUCUAUUGUAGAAGGCAGUACCUUAAAUGUCAACCACUUUUAUGCCUAAUCUGUUUUUUAUAACUUCUGCAAGAGCAUAAUCAAACAGCAGUUUCUUUCCCCAGUGGGCGGUGCCACAGACAACAGCAUUGCCCCAAUGUUUCAAAGAAGUUAUUCUUUGAGAAGUUCCUAUUUUGUGACGUCUCCAUUGAUUUCAGUAUUGUGAUGGUACUGUUACUCACGGGUCAUACUAACAUUCUCUCUGCGGAAUCAUGGUACAGUCACCGCCCAGAGGUCCUGAGGACAGAGCUCUGUGCUUUGGCAGACGGUGGUGGGCCAGUGGUGGCAGCAGCCUGGUAAACACGAGCUCUCCUGUUCUUGCACCACUAUGUCAAGUACCGUGUUGCAGAAGCGGCAAACGCACUUAUUUUUAAAAAAUGCAAAAUCUUUGUAUAAUGUAACUUUCUGCUUCCAGAUGAUAAUGUAUGUUAGACAGCAAGAAGUGAAUACUUAAAGAAGUGAUAAGUGUUGGAAUUUCAAAGAAAUACACUAAGAAGAAAUAAAUGUGAACCUUGUUGCGAUGUGUAAGGUUGAAGCCUAAAGAGACCCCCCGCCCCCACCUACUGCUGAGUGAUUGCAUUCUCCCUUACGCAGGAACUUUGGAUGUGCCAUGCAAUGGUGUCUGUUUAUUAAUUAUUUUGCUCUUUGAUUAAAAAAAGAAAAACCCCAGCAAUAAAAAACUGGGUCACUCUCUCGCCUCUGUGCACAUUAGUCUCUUGUAUUCACCUCUGCUGUUUCUCUGGAAUCUUCCCGCUCUCUAGCAUAAUUUCAAUGAUUGGAAAAUACCUUGGAGAGGAUGGGUCAGGUGCUUUGCCUCCACAGUCUUUUGAAGUGCCUGCACAUGAACAAAGAAGUCAUUCUUACAAAAAGGAAGCCCAUUCCACUUUCCAGUAUGCUUUGUUUUAAGCCAUAAAGACGCAGGAGUACUUGAGUCACAUUCUAGCCAGAAUUUUCAAGAAGGGUUAAAACAAACAGACAGACAAAACUGGCUACAAAUGUUAAUUAUGUUGAACAAAUCUCAUCCUUCCUUUUCAUUUCUGGAGUUAGUCCUUGCUCCAUGCAGUUUGUUCUUUGUGAGUGCGUGCCUCCGGGCAUGCUUAUUUAUUUUUAUUGUCUCAAGGUAACAUUUAAAAUGUGUGUUAAAGUAAAUACACCCACAUGUUUUAAACUUCAUUAUUACAUUUACAGGGAUUUAAUUGUCUUUUGUAAUUUAUUUUUCUUAUUAGCCAAAAUGCUUAAUGCAUUCUCUUUGAUGAAUUAGGCACCCAUAUGAACACCACAAAUCAGGACAUUGUUUAUCAUUGUUGUUCCAAAUCCUGUGAAUGAUCUUUUCCUUGAUUUUAAAGACUUACAUUCAGCUCAGAAAAUGUUUGCUGUAUAAUUUGGUUAGUAGUUUUCAUUCUGUUCAUAUACUGUCAUGAUGUCUUAAACUACAGGAAUUACAUACUGAGUUUUUAUUUUUGUUUGCUUUGAGCAAGGUAGAUGGAUGUUUUGGCCAUUAUAAUGUGAAACCACUUCUUUCUUUACAGUAUUUGACCAAAUCUGUGUGUCUAUGAUAUUUGUAAAUACAUGCGGUAUCUGUAUUUCUUAUCAUAAGUCUAUUUAGUUUUAUUGUCAGUAGGGUUUUUUGGAUUGUACAGUGUUUAUAUGAUCUGAACUCCUUAUACAUAAGAAGGUGUGUAUAUUAAUCCAAUUAUGGACUUAAAAUAUUUUAAAAAGUAUAAAUACCCUUAUUUGCUGCAAAGACCAGUGUGUAGACAUUUGCUUUUUAGCAAUAUUUUUAAUUGCUCCAUUUUAAUGCCAAGGAAUAAGUCUUUUGGCAACACGAACUGGUCAGUAAUAGGUAAUGCAGGUAUGUUCAGGUUAAGCCAACAAUGUUUUGCAUUUUUAUGCUUCUUUUCUGUCAACACUAAUGAAGUCAACAUUGCCUGAAUGUCUGAAUAAUGAAACACAUCCCUGUUUAAAAGUAUGUAACUGAAAAAAGAAAUAAAAAAAUAAAAGUAGUUUUUUUAAA